AGAGAACCCAAACGGGUUUGGGGAGCUGCGGGAGUAGGGAUUGCGGGUCUGUUUGAGUUGGAUCAAGAAGGCGGGGGUUUAGGUCUUUUCCAGGCAGCUACCCAUCUCGCCCUCUGGCGGCUCCGGGCGGCAGAAGGACUUAGUGUGACACUGGCAUGCUCCCAGAGUGGCACUGACCGUCCCCACGCGGGGGACUGCGCAGGGGGCCCACAUGGGGGAGGAAGGGGCCGGGGGCACCGUGCAUCUGCUCUGCCUCGCGGCCUCCAGCGGGGUGCCCCUGUUCUGCCGGAGCAGCCGCGGCGGCGCCCCCACCCGCCAGCAGCUCCCGUUCUCUGUCAUUGGCUCCCUCAAUGGAGUCCACAUGUUUGGGCAGAACCUGGAGGUGCAGCUGAGCUCUGCGAGGACCGAGGACACGACUGUGGUGUGGAAAAGCUUCCAUGACAGCAUCACUCUCAUCGUCCUGUCUUCUGAGGAGGGCACCUCGGAACUGGGGCUGGAGAGGCUCCUCCAGAUGGUGUUUGGGGCCAUGGUUCUUCUUGUGGGACUCGAAGAACUGACCAAUAUCCGCAACGUAGAGAGACUGAAGAAGGAGUUGAGGGCCAGUUACCGCCUCAUCGACAGCUUCCUAGGGGGCUCGGAGCUCAUCGGGGACCUGACCCAGUGUGUGGACUGUGUGAUCCCUCCAGAGGGGUCCCUCCUGCAGGAAGCCCUUUCCGGGUUCGCCGAGGCGGCGGGCACAGCCUUCGUCAGCCUGGUGGUGUCAGGUCGAGUGGUGGCAGCGACAGAAGGCUGGUGGCGGCUGGGGAUGCCUGAGGCCGUGCUGCUGCCCUGGCUGGGGGGGUCCCUGCCGCCGCAGGCUGCCCGCGACUACCCGGUGUACCUGCCACACGGGAGUCCCACGGUUCCGCACCGGCUACUGACCCUGGCGCUGCUGCCGGGCCUGGAGCUGUGUCUGCUCUGCGGUCCGCGACCCCCCCUCAGCCAGCUGGAUCCACAGCUUUUGGAGCGGUGGUGGCAGCCCCCGCGGGGCCCCUUGAGAGCCCCAGCCGCUGGGAAAAAAAACUGCCAGCCGCUGGGACCCCGGGCGCUGCCCGAUGGCUUCCCGCUGCACUCGGACAUCCUCGGGCUGCUGCUCCUGCACCUGGAACUGAAACGUUGCCUCUUCACCGUGGAGCCCUUGGGAGACAAAGAGCCUUCUGCUGAACAGCGCCGGCGCCUCCUCCGCAACUUCUACACCCUGGUCACUACUGCACACUUCCCACCAGAGCCAGGGCCACCAGAGAAGACAGAGGAUGCAGCCCACCAAGCACAGCAGCCGAGAGCCUGCUACCUGGUCUUGGGGCCCGAGGAGCCCGGCGUGGGACUGCGACUGGUGGCUCUGCAGCUGGGGCCUCGGCGCCUGCUGCUGCUGCUGACUCCUCAGAGCCCCACCCAUGGGCUGCGUAGCCUGGCCACCCACACUCUGCACGCCCUCACCCCGCUGCUCUGACCACCUGGGAGGCCAUGGACACAGGCCUG